AACGCGUGCAUCUGCGGCGCGCACCGCCAGCGCGCGCGCAUCGACUGCAGCACGCACACGCCAGCGGUGUCCCUUGUUAGCAGCGCACGUGCAUCAGCAGCACGCGCCACCGGCGCACACCCCGUUAGCAGAGCGCACAUGCCGUCAGCGUGCACCACUGGCAACGAGCACGCCCCAGCAUGUGCACCGCGACCAGUGCGCACCACCAGCAGUGCGCACAUCUAG